CCGCGUUCAUGUGUGACUCGGAAAGGGCGAUGAUGCGGUCCCACAAUCCACCGCGGCAACAGCAGCUAGCUUCGGUCCAACACAGUCAGUUGGCGGAUCUGGUUUUGUGCAUUUCAUGCCGGACGCGUCGAGAUGAUGUGCGACACCACCAACAGAAGCUUCCGCAUGCAGCUGGCGGCCAUCCUGGAAAAGCUCACCAAGACGGCCCUGGUGGAGAUCGGAAACCUGGCGGACGAGUGGUCGUCGGUCCUGCUGGGCGAGAUCUCCCUGCACAAGAGCGAGAACGAGGCCCUGAAGAAAAGGUGCUACUCCCUGGAGGUCCAGCUGAGGGCCGCCCGGGAGGCUCACUGCUACCCGGGCCACGUCAACCUGAUCGGCCGAAGGAAUCCCGAAGGUCAAGAUGCCCGCAAAACCGACCACCACCAGCAGCAGCAGCAGGCGGCCGCCCUGGCCAUCGACGGCGUCUUCGGGAAGGACUGGUGCAUGGACCUGUGGCGGGAAGACAAAAGAGCGUCCGGUCUGAGGAAAGAAGCGGUCGCCGAGCCCGUCGCCAUGUCGAGCUUGGGAACGCAGGUGUUGGACAUCAUGGAGGCGGAACCCGAGCUCGUCUUCGUCAAGGAGGAAGCGUACGACGAUCGUCCGCUCGGGCAGCAGAUGAGGCUGGCCGGAAGCAGGAAAGACGGUAACGCCGAUAUCGGUCUGCUGGACGCAGAGCUCCAUCGGUCCGUCAGCGAGCUGCAGAUGCACUCGGACGAUCUGAGCGGCUUCCCGUUGAUGGUGGACGGCCAGUCGCAGCGCCCGCAGCCCAACAUCAUGGACAAGCUGAUCGAGGACGCCACCAUGAGCACGUUGCUGGACGCCGCGGGCGCGCCCACCGCCGCCGCCGGUGAGUACGUCGACUACUCCGGCAACGCCCACAGCGGCGUCGCCGCCGCCAAAGAGCUGGACGUCGUCCCCGCCAAACCCGCCAGGCCGACCAAGCGCUUCCAGUGUCUCUUCUGCGGCAAAGUCUUCAACUACCUGAGCAGCCUGAAGGUGCACGUGAGGCGGCACUCGGGCGAGAAGCCCUUCAGCUGCACGGUGUGCGGCAAACGCUUCGCCCAGAAGACGUACCUCAAGCUGCACCAGCGCGUGCACUCCGGCGAGAAGCCGUACAGCUGCCCCAACUGCGGCCGCAGUUUCUCCCAGAAGAGCUCGCUGAACAUCCACUUCCGGACGCACACGGGCGAGAAGCCCUACAGCUGCAUGGACUGCGGGAAGUGUUACGCCUACAAGUACGGCUUGAACCACCACCAGUGCUUCCACCCCAUGAAGAUCAUCUGAAUGUGAAGCCGACAUCUUAGCUUUGGCAAAGGAGUAUUUGGGCGACAGUACCGUAAUUCCCGGCCUACAGAGCGCACCUGGUUAGAAGCCUCACCCAGUACAUUUGUCAAGGAAAUACCAUUUGGUACAUACACAAGCCGCAGCCGUGGAAAAGCUGCAAGUGCCCACAUUGAAACACGAGAUAUUUACAAAAAAAGAAAGUACACAGAGAGUUUAACGCUAGGGCCGCCGUGCUAAUGCUAGCGCCACCGCACUAACACUAGCGGCGCCGCGCUAACAGAGACAGUUUAAAAAAAAAAAAACAUACCGGUAAAAAUCACUGAUACAAGGCAGCAACACAUUAGCACAGCGUUAACAGGGCCAGUUAAAAAAAAAAACAUACAGGUAAAAAUCACUGAGACACAGCAGCAACACGCUAGCGCACCGCUAACAGGGCCGGUGAAAAAAACCCCGGUAAAAGUCACUUUCUCGGCACAUAUAUUCCACUGGUCUAACUCUUCCCUUUUCCGCUCGAGUGUCCCCUUGCGGCUGUUAGAAAAAAAUGCACAAAUUAGCCGCAUAAACCGCAGGGUUGAAAGCGUGUGAAAAAAGUCACGGCUUGUAGGCCGGAAAUUACGGUAACGUUGAAGCGAUGGCAAGUGGACUGUCAUCUUUCCAGUGUGACCCCCCCAAUACUCCUUUGUAUUAAAUGAAUCAAGAGGGACAAUAUUUCAUGUGGAUAACAUUGCUGUCAUUUGUUUUAUUUCUUACGUGCUUGAAUUCCAACCGGAAUUUUUCUUCGCUACACUCUAAAUUGUGCCGUUAUCCGCUUGCUGCCGGAAUGCAAGCGAAAAACCCACGUGGGACGUUCGUGUUCGGCCAUUUCCCGCGUCAGUUUUUAAGGCGGUACCUCAUCGAAACGCUGACCUCAUCCUCAACGCAUGCCGUCACACGUUUGCCGUGCAUUGUUUGAAAUACCUCGUCCCGUAAACGCCGGAUUAAUAAAUUUGUGCCGAGAUGUCGCGUACGCCUUCUACUACCUCUACACAACGUCUGUUCUUUAAUUCCAAUACUUUUCGUGACGAUAUGAUGUAGUUUUUUUAAACGUAUUUUCAAAAUGUGAGGGCUUACUUCACCCAUCUUGUAUUUAUUACAUUGUUGCCUCCUCGUGGGUGGAACGUCGCAACUUGGAGCAUCAAUUUGCUUCCAUUGUUCAGCAAUCAGAAUUAUAUCCCAACAAUGUUGCUAAAUAUGGUGAAAUUGCCCAAACAUUAUAUUUAAAAAAAAAAACAAAAAAUCAGGGGCACUAAGUAGACACAGGUGAAUCUCAAUAAAUUAAAAUAUCGUCAGCGUAAUGGCGUUUCAAUACAAAAAAAUAAUAAUCUGGUUGGCUCAAUUAACUUUUAACAAGCACACAAUAACUUAAAAACCAUCCAUAUUUUCUGCACUGCUGAUGUUGCAGAUGACCUGGAACCUACAUAUAAAAAAAUAAAAAUGCUCUUAAUUCACUUAAAAUGUUUUGUACUUACAGGUUAUAACAAUCCUACCUGUAUAAACCCACAAAAAAACUAAGUGUAAGCGCAAAUGCUUAAAACUUAAAAGCUAAAUACAACUGAACAGUAUUUUGGGAGUGCUUCUUUCCUUUGCCACUAGAGGGAGCCUGCAUGCAUUUAGUGGUACUUGUAAAACUGACUUGUUAUAAUUUAUUGACAUGCACCUGCAAUUAAAAAUCCAAGGUUACGUUCGCUGCUCAAAUAAAUUCAACAUACUAUCAAAGUACAAAUGACUUGUAAUGAAACUUUGUUAAAUUGUAAACUCCCCCUGGGGGGAAAAAAAAAAUUCAGCGUGUGCUUGUAGUUUGCCAAACGAAAGGGCAGAUUUGCGUCGCGCUUGCAUGCCCCGACAAAGCCGCCCCCCUGGAGCCCCGCGCCGUGUUCAAAUAUGUACAAAUGUUCACCGGACCGCGAUGAAA